GCAUCCGGCAGCGCUAUCGCAGACUCAGCCGCCGCCCUCGCACUACUAUACCGCUAGCAACAAUGCCACCGCGCUCCCACCAGCCACACACAACACCCAACAGCUGCCGCCUGCCUACAACUCCCGCAAGCGGGGCCGCCUAUGAACUGGCGUGCGGACCCCUACACGCCAGCGCCGCGCCGAGCGGGGAAUGCCCAUGACGGAUCGCUGGCCUCUGGGCCCUCGCACCACAUGUUCAUGACUCCCGAGUCGCCGGCUGGCAACGGCUGCUGCCAUGUCCCAGCAGCCCCCAAUGACGCCGACUGGCAACUCUGCAGCCCAGUACCAAAGCAGCUUCCGUGUGUCGAUGCCGGAUCGCAACAGCCUGGCUUCGCCUAUGACACGCCAGGGUCCGCCACAGGCCACCCCUGCCUCUGCUGGUAACGCGUACAAGACGCCGGCCAGGGCCCUGCGCGAUAUCAGCAACACAUACACAGACAUGACUCCCGCCCAGGGCUACAGCAAGGUACCGCCGCCCAAUGCAAAGCCUAGCAGCACCCUUGAUAUUGCCAGCUCAGCCCUGAUGACUCCACCGUCGUCGUCGUCUGUCCGUCGCACUGGAGCACCUGGCAACCCGCGGUCCAUGCACACCAUGUCGCCCACUUCGAUGCAGUCAACCCCAACCGCCCAACCUGCGACCUCGCGUCCGCUGCAGCCGCCGCCACCACCACCGGUCUUUGGCCACGGCCAUUACCCGUCGAACGCGUCGCCCCUGGCCAAUGAGAUAAUAAUGCCGCGGCUCGGCCUGCCUAACCACUCAGCCGCGUCAAGCCCCUGGCCGUGCCAACUACCACAUGUCGGCUGCUGCAUCGGUGACAAGCCGGCCGGCACGCAGCUACAGCGGCAGCAUCGGGUCUAUUUCACUAUCAACACCGAACCACUCGCGCUCAGCGUCCACGGUGUCCCAACCCCAAGAGUUCUUUGGCAGUAACGGCAGCAGCUACAACAGGCGCCAAUCAGACUCAGCAGCCAC